AGAUGGAUAUAAUAAGCUCUCUGCCACCCGUUUGCCCAUUCCACAAACUCAACCAGAUAGAACCUAACUUGACUUAUCUUGCAUCAUCGCCCCGUAAACCAAACCUAACACCAACACAAUCACCAUCUGGAUCCCUCCAUACUGAUCCAGCAUCUCCAUUCAACUACCAACCUAGGACCUUCAACUCAACACCACACACACAUCUCAUAUAAUGAGCUCGGCCCUUCGGCGAGGGACUGCCCAGCCCCUUCGCUGGGCGACUGCAUCCAACGCCAUCACCAUCAACACUCUCCGACCAUGCCUCACCAUCACAAAGACCAACAUGGUCGCCCGCCGUCACAUCCACUCCUCUGAGCGACGCACAAAUACCAUCGUCGGGCAGCAGCAAAUCCCCGAUCCUCUUCCUCCCAUCGCUCCCAGCAAGGCACCUCUCUCCGUCCUUCCUCUCAUCAUGAUUCUCCGAUCUCUCGCCACUAUGACCGUCUCCUCCUCGCCUCUGCUCCUACCUCCCUCACUGCACGUCAUGGGUAUUCUGGCCAACACCACCAACCCUCUGCUCAACCCCGACAAGAACCCUCUUCUGCGAUAUUUCCUCAAGAAGACCUUUUACGCUCAGUUCUGCGCAGGCGAGAAGUCACCAGAGAUCAAGAAGACUAUCGAUGGACUCAAGAACAUUGGUUUCACUGGUGUUAUUCUGAACUACGCCAAGGAGGUUGUCCUCACCAAGGAUGAGGGCGAAGGUCUGAAGAACGGUGCCAUGGAGACCGACGAGUGCAUUCAGAACGAAAUUCUUCCCUGGGCCCGAGGCACCCUCGAGACUGUCCGACUUGCUGAGCCUGGUGACUUUGUCGCCCUCAAGUUCACUGGCGCCGGAAGCAUCGCUCUCUACCAGCUCAAGGACCGUCUGCCUCCCAGCCCCGCCAUGUACAAGGCCAUCGACUCCAUCUGCCAGCUUGCCCACGAGCGAGGUGUCCGCCUCCUCUUCGACGCCGAGCAGGACAUGCUCCAGGACGGCAUUGACGACUGGACUCUCGAGUUCACCCGCAAGUACAACAAGGGACUUGGCGAGGCUGUUAUCUUUGGUACCUACCAAGCCUACAAGAAGAAGUGCCCCGAGGUUCUCUCCAACCACCUGAAGCUCGCCCAAAUCGAGAACUUUGCUCUCGGUGUCAAGCUUGUCCGUGGCGCUUAUCUCAACUCCGACCCCCGCGAGCUCUUCCAUGACACCAAGGAGGAGACCGAUGCCUGCUUCGACUCCCUCGCUGCCAGCGUCCUCACCCGCGAGUGGAACAUUGACGUCAAGGGUUCCGGGGAGUACCCCGCUGCCAGCCUUGUCGUCGCCUCUCACAACGCCGAGUCCGUGCGACGAAGCCGCGCCAUCAUGGAGGCCGGCCGAGCCAAGUCCGACAUUGCCUUCGCCCAACUUCAGGGCAUGGCUGACGAGGUCAGCUGCGAGCUUGUCGAGGCUGGCCAGUCUGACAAGACCAAGAUUCUGCCCGCCUACAAGUACCUCGUCUGGGGAACCACUGGCGAGUGCAUGAAGUACCUCCUCCGACGCGCACACGAGAACAAGGAUGCCGUCCAGCGAACCAGGGGCAGCCGGGAUGCUCUCUGGGCCGAGCUUGUCCGACGAUGCAAGAGCGCCGUCGGCUUGGCUUAAAGAAGUAAAAGGAACAAAAAAUAAAAAGGGAAGAGGGAAGAGAAAAGAACUUGAUAUCAUGUCUUUAUGUUUCUUUUGUUUUGCAUCAUGGGUAGCGAUCAGGAGUCCAGGGCG